CUGAUUUUGAUGAAUGCAAGAGAAGAAAGAGAAAAAGAGGAAAGAAAAUAAAAGAGUGGAGGGAGGAAGAGAGUACAGAGGUGUACUGCACAAGAUUCACACCUUUGUCGAUAUAUAUUUUUACUGCAUUUGGAGGACUGGUCUCUCAUCUGGGAAGUUUUCAGGGGAGAAAACCAGUAAGAGGUGAAGAGCUUCUGUUUUCUUCGGAGGGAGCUGAAGUUUUGAGAUAAUGUUGAGAAAGAGAAGCCGAUCAAUCCAGAAAGAUCAAUAUAAGGGCCAUCUAAUGUCGGAUUCUGCUUCUGAGAACCCCGAUGUUCUGGGGCAGAAGCUCAAAAGUGGCUCCUUUUUCAGUGUCCCCGGUUUGUUUGUAGGGUUCAGCAGUAAGGGUUUAUUAGAUUCUGACUCUGCAAGGAGCCCUACAUCUACUUUAGAUUAUAAGGUUUUUGCAAAUCUAGGCAACCCUUUUAGGUCUCCAAGAGCAAGCCCGGAUGGGCCUCACAAAAGCUGGGAUUGCAGUAAGGUCGGCCUUGGCAUUUUGGAUUCUCUAAAAGAUGAAGCCAAACCAUCUGGUAAAGGUCUUGGAACUUCGGAGAGUAAGAGUAUUCUUUUUGGAUCGCAGAUGAGGAUGAACAACCCUUCCUCCCCGAACCAUCUGUACUGUUCGAUUGAUUCUUCCCUCCCUAAAAUCCCUGCGGUUUCUCCAAGUACCCAGAUUGAAUGUCCUCGACUGCAACUGGGUAGUUCGGAGAAUGUGUUGGGAGCCAGAGAGACCCGAUUAGAACCUGGGCCAUUAGGAAAAUUGCGGUCUUCUUUGUCAGAUUCUAGCCGCUCAGCGUCGUCCUUGAAUAGCUUAACAUACAUCAACACCAAUUUGAAUUCUGAAGAUUAUUGGGCUACUAAGGGAACGGUCCAGGUUGGUUCCCCUCUGGUAAUGAGUGGGGGCUCAAGUUUUGACAAUUCUUUGGUUGUGAAGCCGAGUUCACUCCCUGUAUCCUUUGGCUCUGGCAUUGGUAUCGUGGGGUCUCUUUCUGCAUGUGAAAUUGAACAAUCUGAAGACUAUACUUGUGUAAUUUCUCAUGGUGCAAACCCAAGAACAACUCACAUUUUUGGUGACCGCAUUUUAGAAUGUCACGAUUUAGUUAGUUGUAAGAAAGAAGAGAAGGUAAUUGAAUUGUCCCUGGAAGUUAAAUGCUCGGAUGGUUCCGUUUUGUAUCCUUCUGAUGGUUUUUUGAGCUAUUGUUACACUUGCAAGAAGAAAUUGGAGCAGGGGAAAGACAUUUACAUGUACAGGGGAGAGAAAGCAUUUUGCAGUAGCAGUUGCCGCUUGCAGGAGAUUUUUGUUGAGGAGAAAAUGGAGAAAACUGUCGAUAAUUCCUCUGAAUGCUCACCUGAUUGUACCUACCCUGAAGAAAUAUUUCUCGAGGGUAUGGUUGUACGCUUGUAGCUACAUAAGGCAUCGAAGGCUAUUUGCCCUGCCAACAAGUCCAUGAUGGAUGAAAUUGCAACCAAGGUAAACCCCUGAUUAUCCGUUUAUUAAGAGCUGUCUAUGUGAAUCGUUUAGCAGCCAUGGAUGAUCGUUAUGUACAUUGUUUUGUUUUGCUGACUGUGUUUCAGUUUUCAUGGUAUUAGUUGGUCAAGGGCGGCUGAAGCUAGUUUUUCUUUCCAUAAGGGGCAUUGUUACAUGAUUACAUAUAUAAUUUUGACUAAGUAGGGUAGAAGCUGAUGUGCUGGCUGCCCACCCUCUUUCUUGAUUUCUCUUGGCAAGAGAUGUAGUACAAGUCCUCUCUAACUUGAGAAGUUCAUGAUUGAAUAUAAGCUACUUUAAGAUA